UUGACAAGAAUGACAGGUGCACAUCCCUAGGAUAUUAUUUUGGUUCUGCGACUCGUCCUACAAUUUUCACGUGGUUUUACACAUUUCGGCAUGUUUUACACUAUUUACUUGUAUUUUUGAAUUAAAUUGGCGACAAUGCAUCGAAUUGCAUAUGCCAGGAAUUUGUAUCAAAGUACUUUACAUGGAGUUUCGCUGUCUUCUAAUAAUACAUUGAUAAGUACAUCAAAUACGGAAAUAAAAUGUUCAUUUUGCCGAAGGAUUUUAUUAGGCCGUGUGGGUGCAGAAUAUUUAUAUACUGUGAGACACCAAUCUACGAAAACGGCUAAUCUACUUAGUUCAUUAAGAAAAAAGGGGAAACGUAAGAAUUAUCAGAAAUAUGCAGAGUUACUAGAAGUUGGUGACCAGGCAAUGACUGAAACUAAGGUUUCAAUCAGCAAAUUGCGAGCUGUGCAUCUUUCUAAGUUAGCUUCUAGUCCAGUGUCACUUGGCCAGUUACAUCAACUCACUACUAAAUCUCCAAAGAACUUGAAAGUGGCUGAAGUGGAUCCUGAACUACUUCAAACAGUUAGGGAUAAAAUCUUAAAGAAAACAACUAAGAAGGCAUCAUCAAAAACCAGUUCUGAGAAGUCAGGCCACCCAGAUAUUAUGUUAGAAGAUGAUAAAUGUGCACUUGUUUACACUACUCAUCCACUUUCUAAUUUUGAAGACAAAUUCAAGACAAAACAAUACAUAAAUAUGGUAAAAGAAAGUUAUUAUGAUUUUAGAAAAGCUACCCUUUAUGAUCAAAAGUUGCAAGACCUUAGGUAUGCAAUAAAUGAAGGAUUGACUCAAGAGUUUGAUCUGAAUGCAACAAUUACCAAUAAACCUGACCCCAAGUCUGAUGAACACUUUGAUCACUUGCCCAAAGGUCCUCAUGCUGUGUUUAGGGAAUUGUUUAUAGAUAACCAUUUAGAUAGCUAUGAUCAAGAACUUAUGAGCCACAUAUCUAAUAUGCAAGCUCAAGGUUUAGCACACCCAGCAAUAGAGGAUAUUUAUGAUGAUCCAGCGCUACAUAAUGAAAUAGUAGACCCGAGGGAAGAACUAGAUAUGGAACCUAGUCAAGAACCAGCACUUGCAAAAUCAUUAAAAAUUAAAAAGGCAAAGAAAGAAAUGAGAGACAAAAUUAAAGCAAAGCGGGAUAAGCGAAGAGCCAAGCAAGAGUUGAGUAUGAAGCAAGACAUCAAGGAUGUAGAGCGACAAGGCAAGCAAGAAUCCUUGCAUCGAGUGCUCACUGCUCAUCUGCAACUUCUCUGCUCAUUAAACAUGAUACAAGAGGCGCACCAAGUAUUACAGUAUUAUCGACAGAGAGGCUCGAGGGUCGCUAGCCAUCCUAAAAUUAACGACGUCAAAGUAUACAACACGUUGCUACAUGGAUAUGCAUUCACUGGUUUGUUAGAUAAUGCCAAACAACUGUUGUCAUACAUGUCUGAAGAUGGCGUAGAAGCUAACCCACAGACGUUUGCCGCGAUGUUCGAGUGUGUAGAACGAAGCAACGAACAAGACAAGGUGGAACUGCUUCAGCAAUAUAAACAUCAGAUGCUACAAAAGGAUAUAUCACUAAAUGACUUGUUAGACAAAACUAAAUUCCUAUACGACCAACGGGAAGUAGUUUUGAAGGCAAUACAUAGGAUAGAACCGGAAUUCGAGCCUCAAUAUACAGCGCCGGUCCUAGACUACAACUGCUCUUUACUUAAAAAUAUUACUUUAGACAAAGUCGAGAAUAGACAUGGCCUGAUGACGUCACCCGCAGAAGGUAUACUCUCCUUAGAGGAAAUGAUCCAGAAAGGUAAAGAACAAUUGAACAUAGAAAUGAAAGGAGAAGUUGAAAUACAGAAUAUUGGUGUUAAGGAUGAAGAGUCAGAAUCAGUAAAGUUUUGUAGAAAAAAGCUAGCCGAGACGGAGAAGGAAUGGCGAAGCGUGAUCAAGGAGUCGUUUAUACGCAACCUCGGCACGCUGAAGUCGCAGAGCAGUGCCUCGCACACUGCCAUCACGUUGUACCCGUAUCUUAAGGUUUUAGAGGUGGAUCAAUUUGUAGAUCUAAUAAUGGGUGAGUUGACCAAGCUGGUGGAUGGCAGUGAGACAUACAGCCCUACACUAAAACUAUUGCAGAGAGAUUUAGGGACACAGGUCUAUCAAAAAUAUCAAAUUGAGCAGUACCGUCGUAACGGUAUCUUGCAGAAGAUUGAGCGUGUUUAUGAGAAGUACUGCGAGUGGUACGUGAACAGACACUCAGUGGACGGUACGGGCGCCCCUUAUAACGGCCGGCAAGCGUGGCAGGCACUCGUGCAUAUGCAUAGAGAAGGAGCUAGCUUGGAUAUCGAGGAGACGCAGUGGCCGAUGGAAAUGAAACAGAAUGUCGGCAAGUUCCUGUACAACAUUAUAAUCAACGAUGUCAAGAUUGAUGUGAACAUGUUUAAGACUAAAGCUGCUAAAGAGAAGAAGUUGCCGGCGGUGUACAAGGUGCACCGUCCGUGGGGGCGCGUGGUCCGGCUGGAGCUGAAGCCGCACCCGGCGCUGGCGCGGCUGUGGGGCGGCGCCGCCGCGCCCGGCCUGCGCAUGCGCGCCGCCCUCACGCCCACCGCCGCGCCGCCCGCGCCCUGGGCCUCGCCCGCCAGGGGGGCCUACCUCGUCACGCCCACGCCCUUCGUCAGAAUGCCUUUCUAUGUGAUGAGUCAAUGGAAACGACUUGAGUCAGCGCCCCCUGAGAGCUUGUACCCCGUCCUGGACAGUCUCAACCAACUGGGCGAGGUACCCUGGGUCAUCAACAAGCCUAUACUGGACUUGCAGAUCAAGAUAUUCAGGGAAGGUGGCAACAAGAAGCUGGACAUUGCUCCUCCAUCAUCUAAAUUAGAUACAUCUCAGUUCCAAGACGGUACGGAUGCUGCGGCCGCGUUUAAACGUCGCGUCGCCAUCAAUAGAGCGCGCGCGGAAAUGCAUUCUUUAUGGUGCGAUGCACUGUAUAAAUUGUCGCUUGCCAACCAUUAUAGAGACUCGGUGUUCUGGUUGCCGCACAACCUGGACUUCCGCGGGCGCGUGUACGCGUGCGGGCCGCACGUGUCUGCGCUGGGCGCGGACGCGCAGCGCGCGCUGCUCGCCUUCGCGCGCCGCCGCGCCCUCGGACCGCGCGGCCUCGUCUGGCUCAAGCUACACGCCAUCAACCUCACCGGCACCAUGAAGAAGGCCACUGUUGAAGAGAGACUGGCGUACGCAGACAGUAUAAUGGAUAAGAUCUUGGAUUCGGCAGACCGGCCUCUGGAGGGCGAGCGCUGGUGGGCGGAGUCCGAGGAGCCCUGGCAGACACUCGCCUGCUGUAUGGAGAUAGCCAACGCUGUGCGCUCGCCUAACCAUGAAGAGUACCAGUGUGGGUUCCCUGUGCACCAGGACGGGUCGUGCAACGGUCUGCAGCACUACGCGGCGCUGGGCGGGGACGCGGCCGGCGCGCGCGCCGUCAACCUCGCGCCGCUACCGCGCCCGCAGGACGUAUACAGCGCCGUCGCCGCGCUGGUGGAAGAGAUGAGAGUUCGCGACGCGGCGGCCGGAGUGCCAGCUGCGAUUAUCCUGGAGAACUUCGUGCGGAGGAAGGUCAUCAAACAAACUGUUAUGACCACAGUCUAUGGAGUCACCAAGUUCGGAGCCCGGCUGCAGAUCGCUAAGCAAUUGAAAGAUAUAGAAGAGUUCCCGAAGGAGCACGUAUGGACGUGCUCGCAGUACCUGACUGCGAAGACGUUCGACAGUCUGCGCGAGAUGUUCACCUCCACCAAGCUGAUACAGGACUGGUUCACUGACUGCGCCAAACUAAUAUCAGCGGUAUGCGGCGAGAGUGUAGAAUGGGUGACGCCACUGGGCCUACCCGUAGUGCAGCCUUACUACAGGAGAGCUGGACCCUCCAGCGGACAGUACCGACCGGCUCUAGACCAACACCAACGUCCCUGUACAAUGAAGCAGCGUAACGCGUUCCCCCCAAACUUCAUCCACUCGCUGGACUCGUCCCACAUGAUGCUGACGGGAUUGCACUGCGAGGCGGCCGCCGUCACCUUCGUCUCCGUACACGACUGCUUCUGGACGCAUCCCAAUACCGUCGAUAUUAUGAACAAGAUUUGCCGUGAACAAUUCGUUGCCCUGCACUCGCAGCCGAUCCUAGAAGAUUUAUCAGAAUUUCUCACAAAACGAUACAGUUAUGAUGAGAGCGAACUGGAGGACAGAAGCGUUGGCGCAGCGAACAAGAAACGCGUGAACAACCUUCUACAACAAGUGCCUAGUAAAGGAGAUUUUGACCUCAGCAGCGUAUUGAGGUCUGUCUACUUCUUCAGUUAAAGAAAACACGCUUGAUUCACUUGAUAUAAUUUCUUAAGGAAUGGGGGCUACCGUUUUGGUGUUCCUCAG